UAAUAUGCAUUCGAGUUAGUCAUGCUCUACUGAUCGGCCUAAAAUAGCCUACAUGUAUCUGGAAAUUCCAGUUUCAUGCUGUUCGUGGAAACUAGCUCCUUUUCUGAUGAGAUAUCCACCAAACUAUGAAGAACCAUGAUAACACUGGUCGUCACCGUUGUCACCAUGACUUUAUACUGUACUCAGGGACGCCACUUGAUCGAAGAAUCAUGUCCAAAACGACAUUAUUUGGACAUCUCUCUUAAAGGAGACAAAGUAUGCAGGCAGUGUUCGGACUGUAAACCUGGAUAUAAUCUGCUAGCUCACUGUACAAAGGUCAGGGACACCCAUUGUGAACCAUGUCGCCCGGGAACGUAUGCCUCUAACAACGCCAAACGGUGUCGGCCAUGUAAACAUUGUCGACGAAGAAGCAAGCAGGCACGUAACUGUAGGAAUAUUGACAGAGCACAGUGUCGGUGUCCGAAAGGGACAUAUUACACGGAGGGAACAUGUAAACCAUGUACCAAAUGUCUACCAGGAUCCUAUGUCAAGUCCAGCUGCACGCAUGCAAGGGACACCCGGUGUAACGGAUGUCCUAGAGGAACAUUUUCUAAACUCAGAAAUCUGUUUUUCUGCCGUAAAUGUUCGGAAUGUCGUCCCGGUGAAGUAUUAGUACAGAUGUGUAACUCGACUUCUGAUACCGUUUGUGGGGAGUGUAGGCCAGGAAUGUUUCGCUUGAAAAGCACGGGUGAAUGUGCCACAUGUUCGCCCUGCUACCCUGAUAUAGAUGGUAACUUCUCUAGCGUCAUCAUCAUUGAGGAGUGUCGUAAGCGGAACCCUGACCAAUCUAGGAUAUGUAUGCCAGCUGUCACCAGAUCAUUGGCCUACGUCAGCAACGCCACAGGUGUCGGCAGCACUACAGGUAUACCUGGAGACAGUGCAGUAGAGCCACCUGCACAUGUAAAAAUGUUUGAAGGAGACCCUGAAAGUCUGGUCCUGUUUAUCAUAACAUGUACUGUGAUUACACUGGUUUGCCUGGCGUUGAUCAGUCUUUGUUUUGCACACAUCCAUAGGAAUAUAGGAGCAUGUGAGGAUUGUAUAGUUUUAAGACAAAAAUGUGAUAGUCAACACAUGCACAGGAACCUAUUGAAUGACUAUUUGACAGAACAAAGGUCUUCAACAUCAGAUCGUAUAAUUAGAUCAAACAGUGCUUUAGUUCAGGUCACAAAGACAAACUUGAAGCAAGCGGGGACGGCACUGUCGUUAGAGACAGGGCUAAUGCAUUAUUUUACUGAAGACGAGUUCCAUCCGCCUGUCCGAUGGAAUAUUGGAAAAAGAGGUUCUACAGGGACUUCCUACUCAGAUAUCCUAUCAGUCUCUGCAACUGGGACUCUAUCAAGCAGUAAAGGAGCUGAGAAUAAAACAUAGAGCAUACGAUUUUUACCUACUGCCCCCAUAACAUAUGGUAAAAGGUGGCUUCACAUACAUGAUGGUAAGAGGUGGCUUCACGUACAUGAUGGUAAGAGGUGGCUUUACGUACAUGAUGGUAAGAGGUGGCUUUACGUACAUGAUGGUAAGAGGUGGCUUUACGUACAUGAUGGUAAGAGGUGGCUUUACGUACAUGAUGGUAAGAGGUGGCUUUACGUACAUGAUGGUAAGAGGUGGCUUCACGUACAUGAUGGUAAAAGGUGGCUUCACAUACAUGAUGGUAAGAGGUGGCUUCACGUACAUGAUGGUAAGAGGUGGCUUUACGUACAUGAUGGUAAGAGGUGGCUUUACGUACAUGAUGGUAAGAGGUGGCUUUACGUACAUGAUGGUAAGAGGUGGCUUCACGUACAUGAUGGUAAGAGGUGGCUUUACGUACAUGAUGGUAAGAGGUGGCUUUACGUACAUGAUGGUAAGAGGUGGCUUUACGUACAUGAUGGUAAGAGGUGGCUUUACGUACAUGAUGGUUAGAGGUGGCUUCACGUACAUGAUGGUAAGAGGUGGCUUUACGUACAUGAUGGUAAGAGGUGGCUUUACGUACAUGAUGGUAAGAGGUGGCUUUACGUACAUGAUGGUAAGAGGUGGCUUCACGUACAUGAUGGUAAGAGGUGGCUUUACGUACAUGAUGGUAAGAGGUGGCUUUACGUACAUGAUGGUAAGAGGUGGCUUCACGUACAUGAUGGUAAGAGGUGGCUUCACGUACAUGAUGGUAAGAGGUGGCUUUACGUACAUGAUGGUAAGAGGUGGCUUCACGUACAUGAUGGUAAGAGGUGGCUUUACGUACAUGAUGGUAAGAGGUGGCUUUACGUACAUGAUGGUAAGAGGUGGCUUUACGUACAUGAUGGUAAGAGGUGGCUUUACGUACAUGAUGGUAAGAGGUGGCUUCACGUACAUGAUGGUAAGAGGUGGCUUUACGUACAUGAUGGUAAGAGGUGGCUUUACGUACAUGAUGGUAAGAGGUGGCUUUACGUACAUGAUGGUUAGAGGUGGCUUCACGUACAUGAUGGUAAGAGGUGGCUUCACGUACAUGAUGGUAAGAGGUGGCUUCACGUACAUGAUGGUAAGAGGUGGCUUUACGUACAUGAUGGUAAGAGGCAGCCAGAUAUUUAAGAGGAAAAGUUUAUCUGUUUUGUUUACUCUACUUUGUUAACCUAGCUAAACACAUUAAUGUUUACAAUGUCUAAAAUAUAUCUCAAGUAUCUAAAGUUGUUUAUGUACUUUUAUUUUACGUUAAUGUUAUGUUGUUAUUUGUAUGGAGCUGAUAUCAUGAUAUUUGCCCCUUUUUUGAUAUUACCACAUCUGAUACAAAAUCUAUUUAUAUUUCAUUUUAUUUUUAUAAUUUACUGUUGUAUUUAAUACAAGUAUCAUGGUUUAUAACGAGAUAUUGAAACGUACAUGUAAUAAGGAAUUGUUGUGGGAGAGAUGUAUCGCCCUUGUGUCGGAACUACUAAGUAAUUUAUUAUUGAAGUAAUAAAGUGCUCUUAGUUUUGACAUUUGUUUUGACAU